CACAAGGUCCGGCACCCCCAAAACCCUAGCCAUUUCUGCAAUACUUGUUCAAGAGAGGCGGAGCGCAGCGACUCGCAGAAAGAAUGGCGGCUCCCGGCGACGUUGUGAAGGCUGGUACUGUGAAGGAUGUCUCACCCCACGAGUUCGUGAAGGCAUAUGCCGCUCACCUGAAGCGAUCUGGCAAGAUUGAGUUGCCCCCGUGGACUGAUAUUGUUAAGACUGGUAAAUUGAAGGAGCUUGCCCCUUAUGAUCCCGACUGGUAUUACAUCAGAGCUGCCUCGAUGGCAAGAAAGGUGUACCUGAGGGGAGGCCUUGGUGUUGGUGCUUUCCGAAGAAUUUAUGGUGGAAGCAAAAGGAAUGGAAGCCGUCCUCCCCAUUUCUGCAAAAGCAGUGGCGCUGUUGCCCGUCACAUUCUUCAACAACUGGAGAAGUUGAACCUUGUUGCAAUUGAGCCCUCUGGUGGAAGGAAAAUCACUUCAAGUGGCCAGAGGGAUCUUGACCAGGUUGCUGGUCGGAUUAUCGUUGCACCUUGAGGACUGAAGAACAUUGCGAGGCAGGCUUAUCACACAGGGAGAUUGCUGUGCUUAAUUUUGCUUGUUAGACUUUAGUUCCCAGCCUACUGUUUCUCUGGAAAAAUGUGCACUGAAGUUACGGAUGGAUGAUGAGAUAUUAGAUCUUGACCAAAUUUUUGGUUUUAUGUAAUGCUGAGUUUUGUGUUCUUCAGAGUUCAUUUUGUUAUCCUUCAUAUGUGUUACGUUGUGAUGUCAGGAUUAUCAUUUGUGUUUCCGCCUGUCAGUUUAUUGCUCGAAAACUCCUUUACUAUGUUGCUUCACGUGCUUUGUAGAAACGUUCAUUGACAGAAGUGGCUGCGUCAGCUGCUGGAGCUCAACUGCUUGACGUAGUUAAUUUGUCUGCAUCGCCGUUUAC